CUCUUUCCUCCCAUCCCCUCCCCCCCGCCCGUCUGCACAGAUAGACUUUUUUAAACCUGCCAUUCGUAUAACUCAUCCGAUCCUCGGCGUGGACCCUUCGAAAACGGGCUGCUCCCACUGCAAACUUUGCUCCAGCUGAGCAACAUGGUCAAAUUUGUCUUCUUCACUCUCCAGCUCUUUAGCCUGAUUCUGUUCGCCGCCAGAACCUCGGGUGGUAAUAUCUGUGCUACACGAGGAGUGAACUCAUGCCAGCAAUGUUUGACUGUGAAUCCACGUUGUGCUUGGUGUUCCCAUGAGGUACAGUCACCAGGAUUCUCUCGCUGUGACCUGAAGGACAAUCUCCUUAAAAAUGGCUGUCCAAAUGACUUUAUUGAGUAUCCAGUUAGUGCCACCCAGAUCCUGGAGGCCAGGCCACUCAGUAACAAAGGUUCAGGAAAUGAAAUUACCCAAAUGACCCCACAAAAGAUUGAGCUCCACCUACGGCCAGAUGACUCCCAAACUUUCUCAGUACAAGUGCGCCAGGUAGAGGACUACCCUGUGGAUAUCUACUAUCUGAUGGACUUGUCUAAUUCCAUGAAGGAUGACCUCCGCAACAUCCAGAACCUAGGUACCAGGCUAGCCAUGGAAAUGCGUAGAGUGACCAGCAACCUGAGGAUUGGCUUCGGAGCCUUUGUGGACAAGCCGCUGUCCCCUUACAUGUACAUUUCCCCUCCAGAAGUCAUCAAAAAUCCAUGCCGGGCCUUGAAACCACCAGAUAACCACUGCCUGCCAAUGUUUGGAUACAAGCAUGUCCUGGAACUCACAGAUGAGGUGAAGCGUUUCAAUGAGGAGGUGAAGAAGCAGAGUGUGUCAAGGAACCGUGAUGCACCUGAAGGAGGCUUUGAUGCCAUCAUCCAAGCAGUUGUCUGUGAUGAAAAGAUUGGCUGGAGACCCGAUGCCUCCCACUUGCUGGUGUUCACUACAGAUGCCAAAACACACAUUGCUUUAGAUGGGAGAUUGGCAGGAAUCGUGACUCCGAAUGACGGACAAUGCCAUAUGGACAGCAGCAACUUCUAUGAUGCUUCUACCACACUGGAUUACCCAUCUCUUGGCCUGAUGACAGAUAAACUCUCCCAGAAAAACAUUAACCUGAUUUUUGCUGUGACUCAGAACAUUGUGGGUCUCUACCGGAACUACAGUGCGCUGCUCCCUGGCACUACUGUAGGGACCCUUUCAGAUAACUCUGGCAAUGUCUUGCAGCUCAUUUUGGAUUCUUAUGGGAAAAUCCGAUCCAAGGUCGAACUGGAAGUACGCAAUCUUCCAGAGGAAUUGUCCCUUUCAUUCAAUGCCACAUGCCUGGAUGGUGAAGUCAUUCCUGGAGUUAAGUCCUGUGUUGGCCUUAAGAUCGGGGACACGGUGAGUUUCAGCAUUGAGGCAAAGGUCCGUGGCUGCCCGCUGGAACGGCAGAAGUCUUUCACCAUCAAGCCAGUGGGCUUUGAAGACAGUCUGGCAGUACUGGUGAACUUUGACUGUGACUGCCUUUGCCAGCAGUAUGCCCAGCCAGACAGCAUCAAGUGCAAUCAUGGCAAUGGAACCUUUGAAUGUGGCAUGUGCCGCUGCCACCCAGGCCGGCUGGGCUCGCUCUGCGAGUGCUCUGAGGAGGAGUAUGGUCCCUCCCAGCAGGAUAACUGCAGUCCCCAGCAGGGGCAACCUCUUUGCAACCAGCGGGGUGAGUGCAUCUGCGGCCAGUGCGUUUGCUACAGCAGUGAUUUUGGCAAGAUCUCCGGCAAGUACUGUGAAUGUGAUGACUUCUCCUGUGUCCGCUUCAAAGGAAAACUCUGCUCUGGGCACGGGAAAUGUGUCUGUGGCGACUGUGCCUGCGACCCUGACUGGACAGGGGCCUACUGCAAUUGCACCACCCGGACUGAUACCUGCAUGUCUAGCAAUGGGCUGGUGUGCAGUGGGCAAGGGUACUGCAGCUGUGGGAAAUGCAUCUGCACCCAGCCUGGCUCCUACGGAAGCACCUGCGAGAAGUGCCCAACUUGCCCUGAUGCCUGCACCAUCAAGAAGGAGUGUGUGGAAUGUAAGAAGUUUGAGAGGGGGAUCCUGAUGGAGCAAGAUACCUGCAAGCGCAUCUGCCGGGAUGAGAUUGAGUUGGUGCAGGAGCUUGGAGACAAGGGGAAAGAUGCUGUGAAUUGUACCUACAAGGAUGAAGAUGACUGUGUGGUACGUUUCCAGUACUAUGAGGAUUCCAGUGGCAAGUCCAUCCUCUAUGUCAUUGAGGAACCAGAUUGUCCAAAGGGGCCUGAUAUCCUGGUAGCUCUCCUUUCAGUGACUGGAGCCGUCUUGCUUGUUGGCUUGGCCGCCCUGCUCAUCUGGAAACUGCUUAUUACCAUCCAUGAUCGGCGGGAGUUUGCCAAAUUUGAAGAAGAGCGGGCCAGGGCCCGAUGGGAUACGGCGAACAAUCCAUUGUACAGGGGAGCCACCUCCACUUUCACCAACAUCACGUACCGUGGGAAUUCGUGAAGGCAGACAGGGCCUUGCAGGACCUUCUUUAUUCAUGUUUACAGUGUGUUGGCAUGUUUGUUGUGUGUCUGUGAUAUUUUAACAGCUGUUGCCCUAGUUGUUCAAGGGCCUUUGCUCUUCAUUCUUCCAAUGUCAUGUAAGAAUGUUUGCAUUAUGAUUCUUCUUCCACGAUUCUCUGUUUACCUCAGCUCACCCAGAACUGUGGGCUGGACCCAUAAAUUGAAGGACAAAGGAGGACUUAUUGUUCAGUAGGAACAGCACUGUAUAAAUCCCUAGGGGUCACAGGUCACACAGAAUAAAAUUAAACGGCAGGGAUGUUAAGGUAUAUAAUCUAACUUGGACGGGUUCUCAUAAUGAAAGGUGGAAUUGAGGGGUUCAGAAACAAAGUUCUCCAAUUCAGAAUACCUGUGCCCACUCCAUGCUCAGCUCAGCCUCCCUAUCAGGGCAGGCUUGAGAUGGCUCGUCCAGUGAUAUCAAUGUAUUCUUGCUGCUGCCAGUUUUCCAUCCAGAGUGUUUUAGCCAUUGGAAAGACUUGUUGCAGGGCCUGCUUGUCAGCAUUCCUAGUGCAAGGAUCCAUGGGAAAUCUAUUUCCCAUAGAUCCUGACUCCUAGUAGAGAUGGAAAAGUUUUGGGAAAGGAGAUGAUGGACCUGAACUUCAAAAUGGGCUCAGAAUUUUUUUUAAAAGUAUUUUCUGGGGGCUUGGAAGAAUAUAUUUCCAGAAUCCAUUUUAGGCUGAGCUAAUUUUUACUGUACUAUGACAGAGUAUUAUAUACUAUUUUUAGAAUAUACCUCUUGUUAUUUUUAUGUCCAGAGUGGGAGAUCAUAGUUGUCUGGUAUUUAAUUUCUAGGAAGAGAUGUUUGUGUGUUCAAGCUUGCUUGAACAUUCAGUGACCUUAAUCAUUCAUACGUAUCUAAGAGCUGUUUGGUGAAGGAGGAAAAGACACGCGCUUGAAGGUCCUCCCUUUUGCAUUAUGACUUCACAUGGUCCACAGUGGAACCCCUGGUUUAAAUUACGCCAUCAUGCGACAUCCCACACUUUCAGUGCAUGCGUCAUACCUACUUGAUUAUGUUGGGGUGGGUUUGGGGAAGAAGCCAUAGUUCGGUGGUAGAGUACAUGCUUUGCUUACAAAAGGUCCCAAGUUUAAUCCCCAUUACUGGUUUAAAGGAUGUAAAGUAAACCAGGAAACUCCUCAUCAAGAUGUACUCAUUCGAGUCUCUCUGUGGAUAGGUUCUCCUCACUCUUGUUUUUCACUCAGGGAACUACAAAUUCACCUUAAAAAGAUGACACUUAAGUGUCCUACAUAACCAAAAAUCUGCCUCCAAAUUUGUCCUCCAGUUUGUUGAAGGGGGAGAGGCCAUGCUGAAGCAAUGCAGCCAAUGUACCCUGCUUCUCUGUGCCUUUGUUACCCAAUAUGUAUAAUACGGGUAGAAAGACUCCCCCACUCUCCUUGGGCUGGGAAGAAUUAGGUAUUUUCACUGCUGCCUGUCCACACAGGAAAGAUCCUCUUGUAGCUGCCCAGCCUCUAGAGACCCACAGCCAUUUCUAGACAUGGGAACAGCAGCAGGCAUCUGCCCCCUUCCUUUACCGAUUCCCAGCCUGCCACUCAUGCCAGCGCUUCCAUUGCCCAACUGCAGCCUUCCCCAUCUGGGUGCCUUCCAGCUGGCUCCAACUCCCAUCAACCCAACCAGCGUAAGAGUAUUCCCUGGAGGGCAUCUGGUAAGGGAAGGUUACAAAUGCUUGUCACAUGUACACAGGAUCAGGAUCCACCCCCAUCACAUUUCUACCACAAAUAUUUGCCUCUGGAAUUAAGAAAAUGAGAUGGUGCUGCAGUCAAUACAAUCUACAAUCUACUGAGAGUGACUGAACACAGGUUCACUGUUAGAAGAAGUUGGGUUCCUUUUUAAGGGAUUUUCUAACCACAGUUCACACAGUACCAAGUUGCCCCUUCUAUAUUCACCCUGGAGAUUAUUCCCCAGGAUUUCUCAGCCCUUCUCCCACUCCCAAUUCUAUGUGCAUUGGUGCCAACUGGUGUGAAUUUGUAGAUGGAAUGGAGCCAGGAAAUGGGGAGACACCCUUCUGUAGCUAGGGGUAUAUUGAGAUGGGGUGGGCAGGGCUGUCCUGUGUAAAUUUGGUCAAACAAACAAGUCCUUUGUGGCAAUGAUGUGGUGAAGUCAUGUCUGUAGCACACGCAAAUAAAAUCAAAUUGUCUUGGACCACUA